CAGCAGCAGCAGCAGCAGCAGCAGCAGCAACCACAUGUCACCGCCUCUGUAAAACCCCCUAAAUUCUUGACGAAAAUAAAUUAAAGGGAAGCAUUUUCAGCUGAAUAGCAAGCAACCCCGAAAGACCCACUCGCAUUUGACUAGCAAAUGGGCCCGGACAGCAAUUUUACAGCGCAGAAGAGGUCAGGGACGCUUCCGACAACCACUGCCGCCACCCCUAACGGCGGCGGAGCUAGGAGCCGGGCGUCCCCAGCGAUCCCGCGCGGGAGGCAGAUCCAGAAGACGUUCAACAACUUAAAGAUCACGCUUUUAUGUGGGUUCGUUACCAUUUUGGUCCUGCGUGGCACAAUCGGCUUUGGGAACCUCGUAUCCUCCGAAGCUGAGGCUGAGAGGGAGCAAAUGCAAGAGGACAUUAACCGGAUCCUUGCAGAGAUCCGGUCGGUGGACGACCCGGUUGAUCCGAAUGAGCCGCCGUCGGCGGAUGAAGAAGUUGUUGUCUCGAAUGGGACGUAUAGUUUGGGGCCCAAAAUUGCGAAUUGGGAUGAGGAAAGAAAGGUAUGGUUGUCCCAGCAUCCUGAAUUUCCUAAUUACAUUAAUGGGAAGCCUCGUAUUUUGCUUGUUUCUGGGUCACCUCCCAAUCCGUGUGAUAAUGCAAUCGGGGAUCACUAUUUGUUAAAGGGUAUCAAGAAUAAGAUUGAUUAUUGUAGGAUUCAUGGGAUUGAGAUUGUAUAUAAUAUGGCGCAUUUAGAUACGGAAAUGGCUGGAUAUUGGGCCAAAUUGCCUUUGAUUAGGAGGCUAAUGUUGUCUCAUCCUGAAGUAGAGUGGGUUUGGUGGAUGGAUAGUGAUGCUUUGUUUACUGAUAUGGUGUUUGAAAUUCCUAUAACUAAGUAUGAUAAGCAUAACUUGGUUAUUCAUGGGUACCAAGAUCUGUUGUUUGAGCAGAAAUCUUGGAUUGCUUUGAACACUGGUAGCUUUUUACUAAGGAAUUGCCAAUGGUCUUUGGAUUUGUUGGAUGCUUGGGCACCAAUGGGUCCAAAAGGGCCUAUUCGUGAGGAGGCAGGCAAGGUUUUAACAGCCAAUUUGAAGGGACGGCCGAAAUUUGAGGCAGAUGAUCAGUCUGCUUUGAUAUAUUUGUUGAUUUCAAAGAAGGAAGCCUUGAUGGACAAGGUCUUUAUUGAGAAUUCGUAUUAUUUGCAUGGGUAUUGGGCAGGAUUGGUAGAUCGAUAUGAGGACAUCAUUGGGAAACAUCGUCCUGGUGUGGGUGACGAGAGAUGGCCUUUUGUUACGCAUUUUGUGGGCUGUAAGCCUUGUGGAAGCUAUGGGGACUAUCCAGCAGAGCGGUGCUUGAAAAGCAUGGAAAGGGCUUUCAAUUUUGCUGACAAUCAAGUGCUCAGGUUGUACGGAUUUAAGCAUAGGGGCUUGGUGAGUCCAAAUAUUAAGAGGAUUAGGAAUGAAACCAAUACCCCAUUGGUAUCUGUAGAUCAGUUUGAUAUUCGCCAUUCAAGGCAACAAAGCAGCAGAUCCCGCAGCUAGCUGUUCAUGGGACGAAUUUGUGGAAAGUUUGUCGGAUAAUUUGUCCCUUACAUAUUUUGCCGCUGUCUUACUGACAAAGUAUUCCUAUUUCAUUCCAUAUGAGGAGCAGAUUGGAGAUUGGAUCAUGGAAUGGUUGCUACCUAGUGAGGUGCCAGCUGAAUGGUGCCUACUGCACGCUUUUGUAAAGCCUGAAGAACGGUGAUAGGUUUUUCACAUUUUGAAGUUGGAUAUCUGAAAAUGAAGAUUGUUUUUUUUUUUUUUUGAACAGUUGUAAUUUAAUGAAAAUAUAGAAGAAAGAUUCUGAACUUUGUUAAGCCAGUGUAAGAUGGACUGCCGCAAAGUUCUUUAUAUGGGUAGGAUUGACUAGACGGCCCGAACGAGUAUAUGCUCACUGUGUUAACCUCCCUUAGCUGCCAAAUGGCCGCAUACCGGUGUGAUUUACCACUUUCUGCAAGUUUUUUAAUUCUUUCUUAGGUAUAAAAAAUCAUUAUUGCACAUCAAGAGUUCAUUUCAACAGUAGACAGAUAAUAUUUAUCUGCAUUUGCCACUUUUUUCGGUCACUGGUUAUUACUUAUUGCUUGGAUGCUUUUCGAAUUAUCCAUUAGGGACAUUCAUUAUACUGCUAUGUCAUCAAAAGUUUAUUCUCAAAACUGUUGCAAGUUGGCGAACAUCUAAAUUUG